CCACUAGUCUCCCCCAUACAUGUAGUGUCCAGCGCUGCAGGUGGAGGUAUGUGUCCAGUCACUGCCAUCGUCUGUCAGGAUUACUGGGGCAGGUAAUGACUGGAGUGUAUGGGCUGCCGGGAGGUGUAGGUCAUGUGACUCUGGGACGUGUGGUGAUGACGUUAGUUCAUGGGGAGAAAUAACGGACAUGUUAAAAUAGACAGCGCAGUCUCCGCUCACCGGACCCUCGCAGGACGCACGGAGCGAGAACAGCAGAAGAGACGGAGAAUUCCAGCCCCAAAGUUCCUACCAUAUAGGAUCCGCUCAGUGGAUAUCUUCUAAUUAAGAUCCUUCUCCUGAUUUACUUGUCAAGGAUGGAUAGGGACAGGGACAAGAUGGUGGAAAGUAUAAUAAGCCUCACCCUAGAGAUCCUCUUCCGGCUUACUGGAGAGGACUACACAGCAGUGAAGAAGACCUCUAGUGAGCGCUGUCAGGACCCUGUUCCUGAAAGAUGGGGAAGGACCCUGAGCCCAAUCACAGGGCCUCCACAUCACAACUUAAUACAUGAGGAAAUCAAUAGAGAGAAGAUCCUAGAACUCACCAACAAGAUGAUUGAGCUGCUGACUGGAGAGGUUCCUAUAAGGUAUCAGGAUGUCACGGUCUAUUUCUCCAUGGAGGAGUGGGAGUAUUUAGAAGGGCACAAGGAUCUGUACAAGGAUGUCAUGAUGGAGGAUCAGUGGCCCCUCACAACACCAGGUAAUAGACAUGAUCAGGUACCUUGGGCUCACAACAGGAAAUUAUUAUUGGGGCCCAACCCACAUAUCAUCAAAAAGGUUUUGAUUCAAGGAAAUAGACCCUAG